CUACGCUUUCCUCCCAUACACACCUGUAUUCGACCAAGCCCCGCCUUUUCUUGGCUGCUAUUGAAGAAAACGUGCCCGCUUUCUCCAAUACUAUUGGCUAAUAGGAAAGUUAUCCAAUCAGAUCGAGGCUUGAAGCAUGAAGAAGGCGGAAGUUGUCUGAAUGCGGGUGCGGGGAGGAAUUAAUGAUAAGGGCCGUGUGACGGGUAAGUGAGUCGGUUCUCUCAGGCUGAGGGCUGAAAUGUCUACAGCGGCGAUAAAGUGAUCUUUAAAGUUUGGUCCUUCACACCUUCGGGACACAUCGAGUCUUCUCUCUCCCUGACCACCCUUGUCCAGCAUGGCGGCCGACGUCCACAGUAAAGGAGUGACGUGGGACGCUCCGAACGGAAACCUGGCGCCGGUGGGGCAUCUUCCUAACAGCAGAUCGGAGAGUCCCACGCCGGGGCUGGUGGAAGGGACGGAGCCGGGCGCAAGUCAGGAGCGCGCCAUGUUCGUCCACACGCAGUCUUUUGAGGACCUGACAGCCGACGUGGAGCUGACUGGCAGCCGGCCAUCUGAGGCUGAGGAGAAGGAGGAGGAACAGCAGCGAGAAGGUGGAGAAGGAGAAGGAGUGGAUGAGCCGAAGCAGGAAGUGCAGGCUAUAGUGAGGGAGAAGGAGGAAGACGUGACGAGUGAGGCGUGGCGUUUGCACAAGAAGCACGUGUUCGUCCUCAGCGAGGCAGGAAAGCCCAUUUACACUCGCUAUGGCUCAGAGGAGGCGCUCUCCACCACCAUGGGGGUCAUGAUGGCGCUGGUGUCGUUCGUAGAAGCCGAUAAGAACGUCAUCCUCUCCAUCCACGCAGAUGGUUUCCGUGUGGUGUUCCUGCGUAAGAGUCCUCUGGUGUUGGUGUGUGUGUCUCGCUCGGGUCAGUCAGAUGGUGAGCUGUGGAGAGAGCUGCACUACGUUUACUAUCAGAUCCUGAGUCUGCUCACUCAGCCUCAGCUGCAGCGUGUCUUCCAGCAGCGUCAGAGCUUCGACCUGCGCCGGCUGCUGGCCGGAUCUGAGCGGGUGACCGCGGGGCUGCUGCGCCUGCUGGAGACGGACGCGGGGCUGAUGCUCAACGCCACCAUGAGCCUGCCGCUCUGCAGCACCACGCGGAACAUCGUCUGCACCAGCCUGCAGGCUGCCAGCUCCAAGAACCUGGUCUUCUCCGUGCUGCUGGCCGGGAACCGACUGGUGGCUCUGAUCAGGAAGAAGGAGCAGCACCUCCAUCACACCGACCUCCACCUGCUGUCCAACCUCGCCUCCUCGUCCUCAUCCUUCAGGCAGGGGGAAGGCUGGACGCCCGUCUGUCUGCCCAAGUUCAACGCCUCCGGCUUCUUCCACGCGCACAUCUCCUACCUGGAGCCGGCGUCCGAUCUCUGUCUGAUCUUGGUCUCCACAGACCGAGAGGACUUCUUUAACCUGUCUGACUGCAAGCAGCGCUUUCUGGAGCGGCUGAAGAAGCGUAACGCCUACCAGGCCCUGCAGGAGGCGCUGCACUCGCCCACGUACCCCGUCUCUCAGGUGGCCAUCCCCGAGCUCUGGCACUUCAUCUACAAGUCCAAAAGCUCCGGGCUUUACACCAGUCCAGAGCUGACCGUUCCGUAUCACACUGAGGAGGAGCAGGAGAGGCUGAUGGAGAUGUACCGGUACCUUCACAGUCGCCUGCACCACCUGACACGACCCCUGCGCUCCAUCUACCGCUGCACCAACACCGAGAACUUGCUCGCCUGGUCCACCAGCGGCUUCGAGCUCUACCUCUGCUUCAGCCCUCUGGCCACGAAAGCACUGGCCGUGUCGGCCGUCACCAAGCUGCUGAAGUGGAUCAGGAAGGAGGAAGAUCGUCUCUUUAUCCUCAACUCGCUCACGUACUGAGACUCCAUCCCUCAUCCGGAGGACAGGAGCGGGGACAUCUGACUGCUCUGGACCACUGACCACUGGUGCUGGAGCUGCUGUCUGAUCUUCUGCACCACGUGGUGGAGGGAGGAACAGGAACCGCUUCAAAUUCUGCAGAGGUUCAGAGUGAGCUUCACUGAGCAGAGUCAAGUGAGCUGUACGUGGCUCACUAAACCUCACUGACACACAAACACACACACACACACACUGACACUGAUAUUGUCUCAACCCCAUAAACACUAAUUUGCCAUUAAAGGGGCGGUAUGUAACAUUUAGUCACAUAACAUAGGGCUAGAAGGAAAGGGUUCCUUGAUGCUUCCUGGUCGGUUAAAUAAAAUAAAAUAAAAUGACGGUGCUUUUUUUUAGUGCCAUAGAAGAACCAUCUUGCUUCUGAAAGCUUCUGAUGCUUUCUUCAAUUUUUUUUUUUUUUUUUUUCUUUUGCUGUAAAUAAACAGGAGAACCCCACCCCAGCACAAAACCUUUCCAAGUAACACUGACGUUUUAUUUUUAAAUAGAGCCAAGAAAAAUGAUCCUCGGCUUCUUCGAUCAUUCUCCUAAUGCAGGAUGUUUUCUAGCACCUUUAUUUUCCAGAGUGUAAACAACACAGGCUUUGCUUUUUUUUUUUUUUUU